CCGGUUGAUCGGCAAUCGGGUCGGCUGUCGUAUGUCGGCCGUUGGCCGUCGUCUGCCGAUGUUUUGGAUUACUUCCACAUCAUUUUAAGUAACGCAGAUUAAGUUACAUUGAAAGAAACCUUCACAAAAUGUCAUUGGAGGCGUUAAAGGAGUCUCUAGCAUCAUGUGCUUCUUUAAGCACAGUCUUAUUAUUUAUGACUGGCAUGUUUACUGCAAAUAAAAUAUUAAAGAGGAAAACAGUAGGGGAUGACUCAUAUGCACCCUUCAUUACAGGAUUGUUAUCUUGUUCCCUAUGGUUACGAUAUGGCACUUUAAUUGAGGAUCCAACAAUUACUCUAGUGAAUACUGUUGGAGCCUUUCUUCACUUUUCAUAUUUAUCAAUCUACAUUUUUCAUUCUAAAUCUAAGGUGGGGAUUAUAAAACAGCUAACCCCUGCAUUACUUUGUUUGUUAAUGGUGUUGUUCUAUACCUACUACUUGGAAGACAAUAUUGAUGUAGCUAAAUUUUAUGUCGGCCUUAUUGCAAGUGCUGUCACAAUUGCAUUUUUUGCAGCACCUAUGACAAAGUUGAUGCAUGUUAUUCGGUACAGAAGUGUGGAGUGCCUACCAUUUCCAAUGAUAGCUGCGUCAUUUCUUGUAUCUGCUCAGUGGCUUCUUUAUGGUUUUAUACUGAAUGAUCCUUUCAUCACGGUACCAAACAGUUUAGGCUGUUUUCUAUCUUUUGUGCAACUUAUGUUGUUCUAUAUAUAUCCAUCAACACCUGAUGGUGCUAGAAGAGAAUAUGUCAUACCACUCUCUCCAUAGGUUUCAACUCUGAAAAUUACAAUUUCGUUUUUCAUUAACAAAUUUCAGGUGGCCCUCCAAUGAAACCUGGAACCCAUCACCCAUCAUUUCAGAUUUUGCUGUUAUUGAUGCAGCCCAAGUUUGCUAAAUGUAAAUUGGAAGUUGAAUAAUGCAAUAAACACAUUUUCACAAAUUUUGUGGGCAUCAGAGUGCUUCUAUGAGGAACCCAUCAGUACCCAUCAUUUAUGAGUAAACCCGUAUAUGGUCACUCAAACAUGUUCCUAAUUUGUGAAAAUGUGUUUAUUGCAUACUAAACUUCCAAAUUACAUUUAGGGAAACUUGGGCUGCAUCAAUAACAGCAAAAUCUGGAAUGAUGGCCAAUGGGUUCCAGGUUUCAUUGGGGCCACCUUAAGAGUCAAGAUGCAAAAUCUGAAACUCACUUUGUCAAGGAAGGGAUUUACCCCUCUGUGAUUUUCCAUCAUGUUCUCAAACUCAGUAUCUAGUCAUAGAUGACUUUCAAAUGUUGUUUGAUUUCAAUAGUAUUUGAAUAGUUUAAUAAUGACAGUAUUUGCGUUACCUAAUAAGCCUCUUAAGUUAGUUUUAAGUUCAUGUUGUCUUGGUCUGAAAAUCCACCUAAUAAAUCCAACCCAGUGACUUGAGUCUAAGUCAAAACAAAUAA